UUUCCUCACAAAUGGAGCACGGCAUUCCCAAAGGAGGUUUUAGUGAGACAGGAUGAAGUUACAGAGAAAGAAGUUCAGCAAUGGUACAAGGGCUUCAUAAAAGAUUGCCCGAGUGGUCAGCUUGAUGCUGCAGGUUUCCAGAAGAUCUACAAACAGUUCUUCCCCUUCGGCGACCCCACCAAGUUCGCCUCAUUUGUCUUCAAUGUUUUUGAUGAGAACAAGGAUGGACGGAUUGAGUUCUCAGAGUUCAUUCAGGCCCUGUCUGUGACCUCACGUGGGACUUUGGAUGAAAAGCUCCGCUGGGCCUUCAAGCUUUAUGAUCUUGAUAACGAUGGCUAUAUCACACGUGAGGAAAUGCUCAAUAUCGUAGAUGCAAUCUAUCAGAUGGUGGGAAACACAGUGGACCUUCCAGAAGAAGAAAACACGCCGGAGAAGAGAGUGGAUCGCAUUUUUGCCAUGAUGGAUAAAAAUGCUGAUGGGAAGCUGACCCUGCAGGAGUUCCAGGAGGGAUCAAAGGCAGAUCCCUCUAUUGUCCAAGCUCUGUCACUCUAUGAUGGCCUCGUAUAGUAAAAGGUACGUCAAAGGAUCCAGUGCGGUGCCGUCCCACAAUGCCAUUCAAGAAGAUGAGUCUUUGUUGUUUGAUCUCUCAUUCUGGACACUUGGACACUUCUGGAGACUGAGAAGUCUCACCACAAGCAAAUCACAUUUCAUCCAGCAAUGACAGAAAAAAACAACUUGUGCGUGUGUGCGUGUGAGUGUGCGUGUGUGUGUGCGUGUGUGUGUGUGUGAAUGCUAAACUGCAGGAUCCCAUUGGAACUCCACCAGUGCUUGUUUUCUGCCGAAUAAACAUACUUGAGAGUAAAUGGAUGGCACUGAUUGUUAAAGAAAAGCAUGCUGGAGAACCUACAGUAAAUUAGAAAUGUAAAUAUGUGUAAACAUUUCAUAUUUUUUAAUCAUACUUUGCUGGGAUAUUGUGGAUGUGCGCCUCAUAUAUAAUUUAAGAGACUGUUGGUAUUUUAUUUAUUUCUUGUUUACUUUAAAGUAUAUCCAUCGCAGCUGUUACAAGCCUGAACAUUUCUAACAGCCUCUUGGAAUGAAAGACUGUAAUCCUGUUUUGCUUUUUCUUUGGAACUUUGAAUGUGAAUUAAUUUAUUAUAUUUGCGGAAGACAGCUCCCAUUGUGAAGAGUGCGCUGCCCAUUCAUUGCUGGCAAAAGUCACUGCAGAGUCCUCAAGCUACUUUUGAAAUAAGGCACAGUAACCAAGCAACAUGCUACAAUGUUAUCACUGAACAGUUGCACCUCGAAACUGAUGUAAGUACCUUUGUAAUGAAGAAACAAUCAGUCUACCAUCUGCUAACUUCAACUACACCUCUGCCUUUGUCUUUUCCUGUGUCAUUUUCCUGUCAAACUAAAGUCAUAGACUUGAACCAUGACACUCCUCUCAAAGAAAGUAAUUGGGUAUGUGCUGGGUAGGUUUGAGUGGGUCUCAUGCUUUAUCAGUCGCUCUCUGGCUGAUGAUUAAAUUUGAGUCACUG